AUGAAAGAUUUGGCUACUCUCAGCUAUUUUCUUGGGCUUGAGGUUAUCUCAUCCUUUGAUGGAUACUAUCUUUCCCUAGCUAAACAUAGUUCUAACCUUCUCUCCAAAGCCGAUAUCACAGACAACAAAACUGUUUCUACUCCUUUUGAAUACAAUGCCAAGCUCACAACCUUGGAUGGUGAACCUAUAUCAGAUGCUACUCGUUAUCGUCAACUGGUUAGUAGUCUGAUCUAUCUCACUGUCACUCGCCCGGAUAUUUCAGAUGCCGUGAGUAUGGUUAGUAAGCUCAUGGAUGCCCCUUGUUUUGUCCACUAUGCUACUGUUCUUCAGAUUCUCUAA